GUCCUCGUGAAUUAAAAAAAAGAAAAGAAAAAAGAAAGAGAGAAAAGAAGGAAAAAAAUACCCUCUAUACACAGAGUAAAAAUGAGGGUCCUUGUAUUUGAGGAUGUAAAAGAUGAGGCAGAAGAGGGAAAAACAGAGGAAGAGGAAGAUGAAGACGACACGGUGUUCUUCAAGCCUGUUAUUGAAGACCUAAGGAUGGAAUUGGCCAGAAAAUGCACCAAGCUCAUUAGUGAUAUUCAUUAUAAAGAAGAGUAUAAAAAGUCUAAGGACAAGUGUACAUUUGUGACUGACACUCCCAUGCUAAACCACGUAAAAAACAUUGGUGCUUUUAUUUCUGAGGCAAAAUACAAAGGCACCAUUAAGGCAAACCUCUCCAAUUCUCUUUAUAAGCAGAUGCCAGCCACAAUCGAUAGUGUCUUUGCAAGAGAAGUUACGCAUCUUCAGAGUGAGGUUGCCUAUAAGCAGAAACAUGAUGCUGCUAGAGGAUUCUCAGAUUAUGCCCAUAUGAAGGAGCCACCUGACAUCAGACAUGCCAUGGAGGUCAAUAAACACCAAAGUAACAUUUCUUAUAGAAAAGAUGCGCAGGACGCCCACACGUAUAGUGCAGAUCUCAACAGACCAGACAUCAAGAUGGCAACACAGCUCUCCAAGCUCAUAAGCAAUGCAGAGUACAAGAAAGGGCAAGGAGUAAUGAAUAAAGAGCCUGCUGUACUUGGAAGACCAGAUUUUGAACACGCUGUGGAAGCUUCUAAACUUUCUAGUCAAAUUAAAUACAAAGAAAAAUUUGAUAAUGAAAUGAAGGAUAAGAAACAUCAUUACAAUCCUCUGGAAAAUGCUUCUUUUAGGCAAAGUCAACUUGCCACCACACUGGUGAGCGAUGUGAAGUACAAGAAAGACAUUCAAAGUAUGCACGAGCCAGUCUCAGAUCUCCCAAACCUGUUUCUAGAGCAUGCUUUGAAAACCAGCAAAAUGCUCAGCGGACACGAGUAUAGAAAGCUUUUUGAGGAAAACAAAGGAAUGUAUCAUUUUGAUGCAGAUGCUGCUGAACACCUGCACCAUAAAGGCAAUGCCACGCUCCAGAGCCAGGUUAAAUACAAAGAAGAGUAUGAGAAAAAUAAGGGGAAAUCAAUGCUUGAAUUUGUUGAGACACCCUCAUAUCAAGCUUCAAAGGAGGCUCAGAAGAUGCGGAGUGAGAAAGUUUACAGAGAGGAUUUUGAGAAGGAGAUUAAAGGAAGGUCUUCACUGGAUUUAGACAAGACUCCAGAAUUUUUACAUGUAAAAUACAUCACCAACCUUCUGAAAGAGAAGGAAUAUAAGAAAGAUCUGGAAAAUGAAAUAAGAGGCAAAGGAAUGGAACUUAACCCAGAUGUUCUUGAUAUUCAAAGAGCAAAACGUGCAUCUGAAAUGGCUAGUGAGAAAGAAUAUAAGAAAGACCUGGAGUCAAAAAUUAAAGGGAAGGGAAUGCAAGUUGGCACUGACACCCUUCAAAUACAACAUGCCAAAAAAGCUGCAGAGAUAGCUAGUCAGAAAGACUAUAAGAGAGAUCUGGAGACCGAAAUAAGAGGGAAGGGCAUGCAGGUGGGCCUAGACACUCCUGAUAUCCAGAGAGCCAAGAAAGCAUCGGAAAUGGCCAGCCAGAAAGAAUAUAAGAAAGAUCUGGAAAAUGAAAUUAAGGGGAAAGGAAUGCAAGUGAGCAUGGACAUCCUGGACAUACUACGAGCCAAGAGAGCAUCAGAAAUCUACAGCCAGAAAAAGUAUAAAGACGAAGCAGAGAAGAUGCUUUCUAACUAUAGUUCUGUGUUAGACACUCCUGAAAUUCAGAGAAUCAAGAUAACUCAACAAAACAUUAGUGCGAUAUUUUAUAAGAAAGAAAUAGGAGCCGGCACAGCAGUGAAAGAUACUCCAGAGACUGAACGAGUAAAGAAAAAUCAGCAGAAUAUUAGUUCAGUAAAAUACAAAGAAGAGAUGCAUCAGGCAACGGCCAUUUCCGAUCCUCCGGAGCUAAAGAGAGCUAAAGAAAACCAGAAGAACAUCAGCAAUCUCCAGUACAAACAGCAAUGCCCCAAGGCCACGCCGGUGAGCGUCACGCCGGAGAUGGAGAGGGUGAGGAGAAACCAGGAAGAGCUGAGUACGGUGAAAUACAAAGGAGAAACUAAACAGGCAACGGCCAUUUCUGAUCCACCAGAGCUGAAGAGAGUUAAAGAAAAUCAGAAGAACAUCAGCAAUGUUCAUUAUAAAGGUCAACUGGGAAGAGCUACAGCUUUAAGUGUAACUCCUGAAAUGGAAAGAGUGAAGAAGAACCAAGAAAAUAUCAGUUCGGUAAAAUAUACCCAGGACCAUAAACAGAUGAAAGGUAGACCAAGUCUGAUUUUAGAUACACCUGGUCUGAGAUAUGUCAAAGAAGCACAAAAUCAUAUUUCAAUGGUAAAGUAUCAUGAAGACUUUGAAAAGACAAAGGGAAGGGGCUUUACUCCUGUUGUAGAUGACCCUGUGACGGAGCGAGUAAGGAAGAACACCCAAGUGGUCAGCGAUGCGGCCUACAAAGGUGUCCAUCCUCACAUCGUGGAGAUGGACAGGAGACCUGGGAUCAUUGUCGACCUCAAAGUUUGGCGUACAGAUCCUGGCUCCAUCUUCGACCUUGAUCCCCUGGAAGACAAUAUUCAGUCUAGAAGUCUCCAUAUGCUCUCUGAAAAGGCGAAUCACUACAGGAGACUCCGUUCUCAGUCUCACUCGAGCAGUACUUUUGGUACAGGUCUGGGAGAUGACAAGUCAGAAAUAUCUGAGAUUUACCCUAGCUUUUCAUGCUGCAGCGAGGUAACCAGACCGUCGGAUGAAGGAGCGCCUGUUCUUCCUGGAGCCUACCACCAAAGCCAUUCCCAAGGCUAUGGGUACAUGCACCAGACCAGCCUCUCAUCCAUGAGGUCAAUGCAGCACUCACCAAAUCUAAGGACCUACCGAGCCAUGUAUGAUUACAGUGCCCAGGAUGAAGAUGAGGUCUCCUUCAGGGAUGGCGACUACAUCGUCAACGUACAGCCCAUCGACGACGGCUGGAUGUAUGGCACAGUGCAGAGAACUGGGAAAACAGGGAUGCUCCCAGCCAAUUACAUUGAGUUUGUUAAUUAAUUCUCUCUCCUUGUCUUUGAGCUUUAUUCUAAUGUAUACUAAACCCAAUCUUUUUAAAAGAUAGAAGAUACUUUUAAGACAACUUGGCAGUUAUUUUACAAUAAUCUCUCUUUACUUUGACAAUGAGACACAUAGGUACCAGGAAAAAGGACUGACUUCUGGGCUCAGAACAGCAGCAUUUUCAGUAAUUCCUGUACACAAAACCUUAAGGUCUGGAGGCCCGGUGCUGCUAAUUGGGUUAAUGGUUUCCUUUGAUUGGCUAUCGAACACUUCUGGGAAAUGUAUUUUUGUAGACUGUAAUAGAGAUGUUGAUUGUCCCUUACACGUAACAAGUCUAUGAAACUUAUUAGCUGUCACUUUGGAAUCACCAGAAGCCAAUUCCUGUAAUUCAGUAACACAGCCAAUAAUUUAAAAACGAUUUAGCUUUUGAGUCAUUAGGGAAUUUCCAAUUCAAGUGAAAAUUGCCUAAUGUAAUAAACAUCAGGAGUGACAGAACGGCGGUUUGGUUAAAAUUAUAUUGACUGGUGGCCUUCGGGACCUAGAAACUUCUCCCAAACAAAGACAUUUCCUUGUUCCCUAGGCUGACUUGGGUCUCUUUGUUUCUCAUUUGUACCAAGGCAUAUCCUACUCUUCAUUUACAUUCUGUGGGCCCAAGUCUAUGUUUGACUCCAUAGAAUGUCAGGACCAAAUAAUGUCACAGCUACUCUGCAAAGGGCAAAGUUGAAGGUCAUCUCUAUUAUUUCCCUAAGGGCUUUGACCCUGUUGCAUGUCACGUAGGUUCAAGCUUCUGUAACAUAGGCAGCUGCACUGCCCAUCCCCGUUAUUAAAGCAACAAGUGCGGCUGAUAACCUACCAGCCCUCCCGUCUAGUAGCCUGCCCAUCAGAAAAACAUGUUUUUGAAAAGUUGCUUGAGAUUCUCCUGCUGCCUUGCACUCUAGUUUCGAAGGAUUUACACCUUUAGGAAAUAGACGCCUACUCUAGCAAAUAAGUGAUUUAGGUGUUUACUGAGCAGCUUUCUUUAACAUAAUGCCGCUGUCGAUUUAAAAGUAAAGCUAAAUAGGAGCCAAAGACUACAAGGUGUGCAAGAGACACAACCAGGGAGCAAAACGUCACCCACUCCACAGAGAGAUGAUCAGGUUUUUGUGUGUGUUUGUG